UCUGGCGAAGGGAGCAGCAUGGCGGACACAUGCGCGGCUCCUAAACAAACUCCGGCGUUUUUCUGCUCGUAGUUUAACGUCUUGAUCUCAUUUUUAAACAUCUUUAAAGACGCGUGAGUGCAUUUGGAAGCUGCGCUGAUCAUGGACGAGGGGAAUAAGCUGCAGUUCCCGUCCCUUCCUGCGUCCAAGGAGGACCAACUGGACUGGUCGUAUCCGAUGCGACGAGAGAUGCAGGAAAUCCUCCCUGGCCUGUUUUUGGGUCCCUACUCGGCUGCAAUGAAGAGCAAGCUGUCUAUGCUGGAGAGGCAGGGCAUCACUCACAUUGUGUGCGUCAGACAAAACAUCGAGGCCAACUUCAUCAAGCCGAACUUCCCCCUCAAGUUUAGGUACCUUGUUUUAGAUAUUGCUGAUAACCCUGUGGAGAACAUAAUUAGACAUUUCCCAGUGACUAAAGAAUUUAUCGAUGGGUGUUUAGAGAGUGGAGGAAAGGUUCUUGUUCAUGGGAAUGCAGGGAUAUCUAGAAGUGCGGCCUUAGUUAUUGCUUAUCUUAUGGAAACAUUUGGGGUGAAAUACAGGGAUGCUUUCAGCCACGUUCAGGAGAGAAGAUUCUGCAUCAAUCCAAAUGUGGGAUUCGUGCAUCAGCUACAGGAAUAUGAAGCGAUCUACCUUGCCAGGCUAACCAUCAAAAUGAUGUCACCUAUUCAGUUGGGUCGGUCCUUCUCCAUCCAAGCGGGAAUGCCAGGGAGUCUGAAACGAACACUAGAGGAAGAUGAAGAUUUUGGGAAUAUGCAAGUACAAACAGCACAGAAUGGAUAGGCUAGUACAGAGUGCUUAGUUGCCGUGGACUUUUUUGUUUUUGUACAUUUUUAUGGGGUUUAAAAAUGUAAAUACUAAAACUUUUGUAUAGCGGGUGGGGAGGGAGAAGCUGCUCCUCGAGCUUUAGGGGGGGGGUUUGAUAAACGUUUUGGUUUCCUCGUUUUUCAGCCGUAUGCACUGAUGAGGUUUUUUGCAGUUUUAUAGUAUUUAACGCAUUUUGCAUUUGCAGCGGGACAGUAUUGCAAUAAUGCUCUUUUGAUACUUGAACUACUAUUAUUUUUUGCUGGAUGUUCGAGUUUGCAUAAGGGAAAGUGUCACUGCCGGACUGGGGGGGUAGGAGGAGGGGGGGGUUCUCUUUUGGGAAUGGAAUAAGAUGGGAGGAUGCGUCAGUGGGAAAGAUUUCAGAUAGAUAAAGAGAAAAAAAUGCUUGUGAGAAUUAACAAUCUGCUCAAUAAAAAAAAGGUGGCUGAA